GCUCCCUCGGGUCCCGGGAUGGGGGGGCGGUGAGGCAGGCACAGCCCUCCGCCCCCAUGGCCACCCGUCGGAGCCAGAGGCGGAGGGGGCGCAGGGGGGAGCUGGGCACCGCCCUGCUGGCCCCACUCGUGCUGGGCCUGGGCCUGGCUCUGGCCUGCCUUGGCCUCCUGCUGGCCGUGGUCAGCCUGGGGAGCCGGGCAUCGUUAACUGGCCAGGAGCCUUCCCAGGGGGAGCUGGUGGCCAAGGAGGAGCUGGAGCCCCUGGAGCUGAAUCUGCAGGCAGAAGAAAGCCAGGGUCCCGUGCCUUUCCUUAAAGGCUUGGCUCGGCCUCGCCGAAGUGCAACCAAAGGCCGGAGACCACGGGUUCGCAGGGCGAUUGCCGCCCACUAUGAAGUUCACCCACGGCCAGGACAGGACGGGGCACGGGCAGGUGUGGAUGGCACAGUGAGUGGCUGGGAGGAAGCCAAAAUCAACAGCUCCAGCCCUCUGCGCUAUGACCGCCAGCUAGGGGAAUUUACAGUCACCCGGGCAGGGCUCUUCUAUCUGUAUUGUCAGGUGCACUUUGACGAGGGGAAGGCUGUCUACCAGAAGCUGGACUUGCUGGUGGACAACGUGCUGACCCUGCGCUGUCUGGAGGAGUUCUCGGCCACGGCAGCCAGUUCCCUUGGGCCCCAGCUGCGUCUUUGCCAGGUGUCCGGGCUGUUGUCCCUGCGGCCCGGGUCCUCCCUGCGGAUUCGCACACUCCCCUGGGCCCAUCUCAAGGCUGCCCCCUUCCUCACCUACUUUGGACUCUUCCAAGUUCACUGAGGGGCACUGGGGUUCCCACUGUGUCCCCUCUGCCUGCUCCGCCCCCACCCACUGCUGCUCUGCCCUCCAGACCUGCCCCUCCCUCCGUGGGCUGUCAGGGCGUGUUCACGUGGUUCCCAUACCACAGAAACACAUUCUUACAAUCCCUGCCCCGCCCUCCCCCCUGGCCUCCACCUCACUGGCUCCCAAGCCUUAAUUUUUCCACACCCCCAUUUACCCUCCCUCACCCAAAUCACCAGGACACUCUGUUUUCUGACACUGUGGGCAAGGCUGGGGCUCCCCAAAAGACUCCACCUUCAGGCACAAAGAGGGGCUGGUGGCAGGAAGCCAGAGAGCCUGGAAUUAGGCCAGGAGCUCCCAACUGUGAGGGGUGAGGGCCCGAGACAAGCUCUUCCCUUGAAAACUCCCUGUGGAUUUUUAAAACAGAUAUUAUUUUUAUUAUUAUUGUGAUAAAGUGUUGAUAAAUAGAUAUUAAAGAGAA